GUAGGGCGUGGCAAUUGUGCCAGAAGAAGAAGAAAGGCUUUUUAGUUCAGCCUCAGCCGUUGGUCGCCAUCUUUGACACGUUUCAACCCUUUCGCGAGCAGUGUGCGAUACGUCCACGGUGUUUAUUGCCAUUCUAAGUACAUAGUCGGGUGGGAAGAUCGAUGUCUCGAUAUCAUAACAACCGCGGCGGCAUGGGGAUGAAUCAUUUUCAGCCUCGCAGAGGUGGCGGCGUCGGCGGUCCGAUGCGUGGUGGUCUAAUGGUCAACCCCCAAUUCCGGAAUCACCCAUUCCACAACCAGAAUCGAAGGGGACCGAACAAUAACUUCAACAGGCCAUCCAACCAGGGACAGCAGACGAGCCAACAGAAGCCAGCAGUCAUCCCACCGCCGAGCCCCGGGCCUGCUCUCACCAUGAAAGGCCCAAUGGACAAGCAGCAGGCAUCCCCCAAGCAGGAGCCGGAAAAGCCGACAACCCCCCCCUCAGAGUCCAGCCUUGAGCACAAACAGGAACUUGAAUCUCCCCAGCCGAACCAGGCCAACAAGAACCAGCAGACCAAGGCAGAGCCGGGGAACGCUAACGGACAGCAGCAGAACCAAUCACCGCUGACGAGUCCAAAGCCGGGCCCGCAACAGAACCAGAAAGGAGCCCCGCAACAGAACCAGAGGGCAACUCAGCCACAAAGCCAAAGGCCAGGGCAGCAACAAACCCCACAGAACCAGAGGCAGGGCCAGCAACAAACCCCACAGAAGCAGGGCCAGCAACAAACCCCACAGAAGCAGGGCCAGCAACAUACCCCUCAGAACCAGAGGCAGGGCCAGCAACAUACCCCUCAGAACCAGAGGCAGGGCCAGCAACAAACCCCACAGAACCAGAGGCAGGGCCAGCAACAAACCCAGAAGAUGGGUCACCAACAGAACCAGAGGCCGGGCCAGCAGCAAAACCAACAGAACCAGAGGCCGGGCCAGCAGCAAAACCAACAGAACCAGAGAGCGGGCCAGCAGCAUAACCAACAGAACCAGAGGCCGGGCCAGCAGCAGAGCCAGAGGCCAGGCCAGCAGCAAAACCAACAUAACCAGAGGCCAGGCCAGCAACAGAACCAGAGGUUUGGCCAUCAACAAAACCGGACAGGCCCGAAGACGGGGCCUCACAUGAAUAAGGACAGCAGCCAGGAACAACAAGGACAAGCAGAGGCAGCCGGCAGCACUUCGAAUGAAAGUCAAACAAAGCAGGAAUUCAAGGCGACAUUGUCCAUGUUGCUGAAGCCUGGUGAGAAAACAUAUACGCAGCGAUGCCGUCUGUUCAUCGGCAACCUUCCUAGUGAGAUCACAGAGGAGCAGUUCAGGAAGAUCUUCUCCAAGUAUGGCGAGCCAAGUGAGGUCUUCAUCAACAAAGCCAAAGGCUUUGGUUUCAUUCGACUGGAGUCCCGUGCGCUGGCUGAGAUAGCAAAAGCUGAGCUGGAUGACAUGCCAAUGAAAGGAAGAACCCUCCGUGUCCGGUUUGCCACACACUCGGCAGCUCUUUCCAUCAAGAACCUGUCACCCUAUGUUUCCAACGAGCUGUUGGAGGAGGCCUUCUCACAGUUUGGGAUGGUGGAAAGGGCCAUCGUCAUUGUUGACGACCGCGGGCGCUCCACCGGCAAGGGUAUCGUGGAGUUCGCCUCCAAGCCUGCUGCCAGGAAGGCCCUGGAUCGUUGCAACGAGGGCGUCUUUCUGCUCACCACCUCGCCAAGACCCAUAGUUGUGGAGCCCCUUGAGCAGUUUGAUGAUGAAGAUGGGCUGCCUGAGAAACUGGCACAGAAGAACCCCAGAUAUCAAGUAGAACGUGAAGAGCCUCCUCGCUUUGCUCGCCCUGGAACUUUUGAGUUUGAGUACUCCAAGCGUUGGAAGUCUCUUGACGAGAUGGAGAAGCAGCAGAGGCAGCAGGUGGAGAAGAACAUGCGUGAGGCUCGCGAGAAGCUCGAAGGUGAGAUGGAAGAUGCUUACCACGAGCACCAGGCCAACCUGCUCCGCCAAGAUCUUCUGAGGCGACAGGAGGAACUGCGCCGCAUGGAAGAGUUGCACAGUCAGGAGAUGCAGAAGAGGAAGGAGAUGCAGUUAAGACAAGAGGAAGAGCGUCGCAGGCGGGAGGAGGAGAUGCUUCGCAAGCGAGAAAUGGAAGAACAGAUGCGGCGUCAACGUGAGGAGAGCUACAGGAUGGGCAACUUCAUGGACAGGGAGCGAGAGAUGAGAAUGAGUUCUUCCGGCGGGAUGGGCAUGGGAGAUGUGUCCUUUGGUGCCGUCAGCCAGAGCUUCUCAUUGAGUGCAAUGGGAUUUGAAGGGCAGCAGUCCUCUCCGGGAUCCCUGAUGAGCAACGAAAUGCGCAAUGAGCGCUUUGGUCAGGGCGCUUCCAGAGGAUUGGGUUCUGGUAACUCCAGUUAUGGAAGGGUCCGUGAGGAAUUUGACGGUCCCGCUAAGAAAGCUCGUUUUUAAACGCUCCCUCUUUGCAGCAGCGUUUUUGUAUAAAUUCUCCAAUCCGAUAUGACUCACAAUUUGUUUCUAUUUAAGUUCAGAAUGCUCUAGCCUUUUAUUCUGACACUUGAUUCAUUUUACCAUACUCCUUUUUUAUUUAGUGUUGUGAGUAGUAUAGAAAGGUAAGAACAUAGGUGUAUUUGAGCCCCCUGUGUAAGUCUAACAUUCUCUAGAUGUACUGUGUUGUGAUUGGUGGUGAGUGUAAAUUGUAACCUUUCUUUUCUUCCACGCACUUGCCAUCAAUGCAUGUAUUACAAUAAAGACAAAUGGGUUCAAUCUG